CCGUCUAUAAGUACCGCCGCGGCGUGUGUCGGUGGCAGAAGUGGUGACUCGCCCCGCACGGUGCAACGCACGCUCCUGUACUCACAUGACAGCUCAGUGAUAACAAGCGAUAUAACGCAAACUGAUAGGUGGGACUGUCAGGCAUCUCUUAUAUGUUCUGCAGUGGCUCAACGUGAACAUUCAACGAUUUUAUUUUUCCGGAGCUUCCAAAGAGGAUUUACUACUUCACGCUUUACCUGGUUUGAUCAACAAUGCCAGCUGACACUAUGGAGAAGCAGACGGCAUCCCCUAUUGCCGGUGCCCCUGCAAACGGAACACACACACCGGACAAACCGAAAAAUGCCAGCGAGCAUAGAAAAUCAUCCAAACCGAUCAUGGAAAAACGCCGGAGAGCAAGAAUAAACGAAAGCCUUGGGCAGCUCAAGACUCUCAUCCUGGACGCACUUAAAAAAGAUAGCUCCAGACACUCCAAGUUGGAGAAAGCAGAUAUCCUGGAGAUGACAGUGAAGCACUUGAGGAACCUGCAGCGUGUACAGAUGAGCGCAGCACUUUCAGCAGAUGCCACAGUCCUCAGCAAAUACAGAGCUGGAUUCAACGAGUGCAUGAACGAGGUCACCCGCUUCUUGUCCACCUCCGAGGGGGUGAACACGGAGGUGAGGUCGAGGCUCCUCGGCCACCUGUCCAGCUGCAUGGGCCAGAUGAUGUCCAUGAACUACACGCAGCAGGCCGCGUCCCAACAGGCGCACCUGGCUCAACCUCUCCAUGUGCAGCUCCCAUCCACUCUACCUAUCAACUCUGCUGCUAUGGGCUCCAAACUCAGUCCUGCCGAGGCCGUCUCCCCCAAGGUAUUUGGUGGGUUUCAGCUGGUGCCUGCAACCGAUGGACAGUUCGCGUUUUUGAUCCCCAACCCGGCCUUCGCCUCCACCACAGGCCCUGUCAUACCCCUUUACGCAAACGCAGGAGUGCCUGUUGCGGUCAACGCCAGUCCGGUGCACGGAAGCUCGGCACCGACUGCAGCUUCUCCAGUCCAUGGCAUGACGUCCUUCUCCGGGGGGUCCCAGGCGGUCAGCCCGGUCGGAGUCAGCACCGGUUCGGAGGGCAACGAGCCUGUGUGGAGGCCUUGGUAGCGCAAGGGACAAGAGACCCUUAACCAGAUUGCAGUACUUUUCCAUUUUAGACAUUUAACUGACUUCACAGACAACUGUUGCGGGGGUUGAACCUGUGACUUUUUCGCUAUGGGACGGUAACUCUAACCACUUAAUGCCCCCUAGUAGUUCUCAUUGUUUCGUUUUAUGGAACAAGAGUUGCCUUACAUGGCACUUUUUUUUAUUGUCUGAUUCCAACAUUUGGAUGUCGGUGAUAAAUAUGCUGUACAUGUGGAAGAUUUAUAGGAACGUUUUUGUUAUGAAGUACUUUUUAUGAAAAGGUUUUAGUUUUGUACAGAUGUGUUAUUGAUUGUUAUACCAAAGCUGUGUUUUAUAUUUUGUUGUUGUUUUGUGUUGAAAAGAAAAACUGAAGUUGGGUGAUGGCCCGUUGUUUUAAUAAAUUACUUUUCAGAAAUGAA